CUCCAUUCCAAACCAAAGCCAACAUGCCCUCAAUCGACCUCGACACCAUCAAAUAUCCCCCCGUCAACCCCUCCCUCAUCCUCUCCGUCUCUGACGCCCCUUACAAUGAAUCCGCCCAUGCCUUUCAAACCCAAAUCCUCUAUGUCGAGAAAUACUCUCUGGAAAAAUAUCUGUCUGCCGAGGAACCCCCUGCCCCUCCUACCCCACACCACCGCAUCACACGCUUCCAUCUCUUCACGCAUGAACUUAUCCUAGGCGGCGAUGAGAAGACGUUAGGCUUCGGCCUUUCUGGUGGUGAUGGGACUGCUGAGAAUACCACUGGUGGCUCAGGAGGGGAGAUUGUAUUGUGUGUGGAGGAUGGGAUGAUUGAUAAGAAGGGGUUGGAGAAAUUUAAGCUUGAUGUCUCCGGUGGCACUGGAUUCAGUCCGACUCCUGUCCCUGGUAAGGAUACCGGGGCUGAUGGCGGAAAUGGAGGAAACGGCGGCCACAUUCAGAUCUUCCUUGGUCAGACAGGCGAAGAACAAGGACAGCCAAUUAAAAAGAUUGCUAAAUUUAUCAAUGACCUCCACGCCAUUAUGGUGGAAGGCAAGGGCAAGGACUGGAAAUGGCCCGACAGUUUCAAAGAUGAUGAAAAGUUCAUGACAACCCUGAAGGAGCUUGUGACGCUUUCCAAAGAGAAGGAUGUUACUGAAGUCCACGAAAUCGACUGGAAGUCCACCGAUGAUGCCUUUAAGGGUGAGCUUAGUGCUUUCAACAAAGCACUUGGCAAAAUGCACAAGGCCUUCCAGCCGCCAGAGGUCACGGACGAGGAGGAUGAUCGACUCGCGCUCCUCGAGAAGAGCGCAGUCUGGAAACGAGGCAAAUACGGCCACGGAGCCCGUGGAGACAAGGAGGAUGGCAAGAAUGGCAAAGAUGGGAGAGACGGGAUGGUGUUUUCCAAAUGGCUCACUGUGAAGAAGAUUCUUGAUAGCUCAGCCUGCCUUGCUCAUCCUGGCCAGUGUCAGAUGCUGCUUGAUAAAGCCAAUGUUUUGUACUUCCUGGGUACGCCAAAGUCGACGGCAAAAAGCAGGUCGAUCCUGACUGGUUUGGAAAAGCGAUUGGUGUUUCUGGGAGGCGAUCAAGACAACAUCUGUGACUCCAGCAUUGCGGACGCAUACGAAUCAGCUGAAAAGCGGCUGUUUAUCCAUGCCACUGAUCCUGUAUCCGACGACAAGGACCCAGACUGGAAGAAAAAGCAGAACGAAGAGCCAGCCGCAGUCAGACAGCUACGUGCUAUUCGUGAUGAAGCCAGCAGAGUCCGCAAGCAGAUCGACUCUGGCUUCGACUUCUACGGUCCUGAUGGAGACAUCAUCCCGAACCUGGCUUUCGAAACAUACGAAAACAGCCUGAAAGACUUUAUCGAGCAUGCAGCAGCCAUGGAAAACUCAUACAGGGACUAUCAGGAGGCGUCGAAUGAUGCUGAUAAAAAGAAAACAGCCCUGGUGUCUGCUUCCAAUGCCACGGCGCAGAGAAGAAGCACCAACGAGUAUUACUACAAGAACGCUCUCGCUGUCGUGGAAGAAAAUUCAACCAAGAUUGAAUAUCUGACAGCACCACUAGACAAAGCCAGAAAGUCACUCGAGGGCGAAGUGGACACUGUUCAAAAGCUGAUCCAAGACGCGUUCAAUGUCUCGCUCAAGGAUGCGGUUUCGGCAAUCGGCCAGGUGCUGUUCACGCCGAGCAAGGCAAUGCCUAUUAUGGCUGGGAUGCAAAUGAUGGAUUUGUAUGAGGAUGCAUCGACCAAGAUUGAGAAUGACCUUGGUGAGAAGCUGAAGAAGAGCUACGUCAUCAAAAAGAUCAAGAAGAUCACGAAACCUACUUUGGAGGGGCUGUACGACCAGUACUCAACGUCAGACGAUGGCAAGGUGACGCUGAAAGAAGGCGACACGACCAAGCUCGCCGUGGCUGAAGAGGAUUUGGAUAGCCUGAUCGACAGUAUUGCGGACAAGCUGGAAAAUGGGGAUGCGGCUGCGAAAACAGCAAAGGAGAGGUUUGAGAAAUAUAUCUCCCUGAUCAAAGAGCGCAACAACGCAGUGGUGCAAUACAACUCGGCCCUGACUCUCAUGCGUAAGAGCGAAAAAGACCGAAACACCAUCGACGCCACCGAAACAGGCAUCUCAGAGCAGCUCUCAGACCUGAAAACCGAGAACCCAAUGCUGGUCCUGUUCAUGAAGCGCCUCUACACCGACGCUCUCACCGACACGCAGCUCAUGUUCAACCGCGCCCAAAAGGCACUGGAUUUCGAAUUCCUCACCAACUUCAACGCCUUUGCUAACCUGUCAGACUACUCAUCCUCGCAUUCCAGCGCAGCCCUACUGGAAUCAGCAAAGGUGGAACUCCUCAAGCAGCAUCUCACACUCAAGAAUGCCCGCAGACCCCGCCAGCCGUUCACCAAUGUCAAAUACCCCCUCAGCAAGCUCGAUGUGGGCGGCCUCAUGCCCGGCUCCACAGGCAACAUCAAGCUGAUGGUGAACAUCGCCCGCAAGACCGGCGACCCCUUCGAAGGCAAGGCCGACGUGCGACUCACCAAAGUGCGCUUCUUCGCUGAGGGUGCAACCACCAAGUCUAAACAGCUCAAUGUAACUCUGACUCAUGAGGCCACGGAAACCAUCUACGAUGAGCACGGAGCCGCGUAUCGCUUCUCGCAUCCAAAGCAGAUUGUCGCGUUCAGCUAUAACACUGAGACUAUGGCAGUUGGUGACUCGGAUGGAACGAUUGGGGAGCAGCAUGGAAAGGAUGGCUAUUCACUGGUGGGACCGUUUACGAGCUGGUGGAUUGAUAUCCACGAGAGCAAUAACAAGGGACUGGGUGGUGAUAUUAAGAAUGCGUGGUUCGAGUUUGAUGGAGAGGCCAGGCCUGUUGUUGCGUCCUGAGGGGCUUUACCCAACAAAGGUAAUUUCAAUUUAUCUCAGCUACUUGUCAUAAUAUGCAAAAUGGGAAUUCACUGAAUAUUGAAUCGUCAUGGACUUCGACUGAGGCUGCAGGUAGCCUGGUACCUAGACAUUGAUACUAUGACUAAAUAAAAAGGCGAGUUGUAAUAGACUAUCAUUGAAAAGGG